CGAGGCGGCUCCCGGGGACGACGUUCUGCCAGCCAAGCUACCCCGGGACGUCCCGGCCUGGCUGACGCUGCAGCCCGACGGCGUGCCGGAUGUCAUAGAGGCCCUCGCCACGGAUGCCUUGGUGGUGGCCACAGACCUCACUUCCCGCAAGGGGUUGUACAACAGCACUGACAGCGUCCUGGCCGCGCUCGCCGGCGAGCACGCGGGGGAGGUGCAGUUUCACGAUGACGCCGAGUGGAAGAAUUAUCCCGGCGUGGGCGACGCGCUGAAGCAGUUGAGCAAAGGGGAGGAGUGCAUGACCGUCGCUGUCUGCAUGCCCAAGGCCGUCUGGGCUGUCGGCGUCGGCAUGAAGGGGAAGUGUCGGUAUAGCGCCGCGAAGUUGGCCCUUGCGACCGCUAUGGCCCUGCAGCAGCACGACCUGGGCGAGGAGGAGGUGGACCUCUCCGAGUUCUCGCACUUCCAGGAGUUUGUGGACGAGGCCCGGGAGAGCAGGCAGCAGAAACUGGGCUUCUGAGCCCCCCAUGGGCCGCUGCUCCCCUAGCGCCGCCGUCGCGCGCCACAGGAGGCGGCCGCGCACCACCGCCAUCCCUAACUGCGGCCAGGGCCAGCCUGGGCCAGCGGGGAUGAGGGAGGCUGAGGUCAAGGGGCGAAGAUAUGCCAGCGCUGCCCCGAUAGAGGGUCCGUAUAUUUGAGUAUCCUCCCAUUCGGCCUGGGCGCCUUCAGAUGUUGGUGCUCAUGGGC